AUGUCUUUCACAGAUGAGGAGCUUGACCGCAACUGGCAGCCCAACGGCCGACGCCCUCAGUCAACGAUUGCCAGAAACUUCCAAUUGGAGCUGGAGGACAUCUUCAAUCUCGACGAAACCAAGGCUGAGCUCCAGCAGUCGUACGACACGAGAAAAUACAACAUCAACAAAAACACCGAAGAGCUCACCUCACUAGAGGCCCGCCUCCGCGAAAUGGAACAGCGCCUCAACGCCGCUCUCCCGGCCGACCAGAAGGGAUCCGCAGCCUCGACCCCCAAGCAAGAAGCCUCGUCUCUCUCUGCAGCUCCCACAGACGACAGUAAGUCCAGGUCGCGGCCAGGAACCGCUCGGCCGACCCAGCAAGCCCCCAGCUCUGGUGACAUGCCUCCAACCCCCGGGGCCAGUGAAGAUGGUGAUCGCGAGUAAAAUAUAAAAUCAACAAGGGAAAAAAAAAAUCAGUCUGCAUUCUUUUCCUCUGAUGCGCCGUUCUUACGACAAUGAUCCCCUCCUAGUUGGGCCUUUUCCAACGCCAAACCUCACAUAGGUCUCUCCCAGGUUCUCAACAUCACGGAAACGACCCCAGGAGCCUGGACUUGCUACGACAAAAAUCACACUCGCCAUCAGCCGCAAACCGCUUUUCUUGUCUUUAUUCUUCCCCCAACGCUCUCGUUCAGCUCAGGUAUAAACAAAAAACCAAAACAAAACAAUACAAACCCCCCAAACUCACGCAACUGAACAACCUGAAUCGGGACCUCCGAGAAACUUUCCUCCGGCAUGCACUCGUUUCAACGACCACGUUUUCCUCCGGCGUUUACAGGUUCACCGCAAACCACUGUUCUUCCAGAAUGGAAGCUGCAUCUUUGUCUUUUCCGUUGUUUUGCCCUUUUUGCUUUCACCCCCCACUAUUUCCUUAUAAUACAAAAAGAGGUGUAUUCGACAUACGCCUUGGCCGAGUCCGUGUCCGCACGCGCUCAACUAUACAUACCACAUACAUUAUACCACAUUAAUGCACACACGCAAAGCAUGUUUCUUUUCGAAACGAAAUGGGCUACUAGGAGGCAAUUGGAUGGGAUGGCUAGAUGGAUGGGGUGGGUGGAUGACAUGUUGGGGGUCCGCGGCAUAGCAGGAAACCAUCCAUUGGCCUCUCCCAAUAAUGACGGGCUGGGGAGUGCAUUUGUAUAUACCACCUCUAGGAUGAAUGCAAUACAGAAAGCUAUAAAC